GCGUCACCGACGUGGCAAAGGCGGUGCUUUUCCCUCCUUCCUUACUAUCGUGGAGUAAAAGUACUAUCGACGGGAUUUCUUCGCAGUUUUUGAAUUAUUGUCUGUAUUCUAAUCAUUUUUUGCACCACUUUGACUCAUAUAUUUGGACAAAUUGGUACAAGUGACAUCUGUACUUUGAUUUAAGACAACGAGGGCCUUUUCCCCCUCAGACACAGACAGGGCCAAUAUGAAGCUAACGGACAAUGUGCUACGGAGCUUCAGGGUUGCUAAGGUUUUUCGAGAGAACUCAGACAAAAUUAAUUGCUUCGAUUUCAGUUCAAAUGGAGAAACUAUUAUCUCCAGCAGCGACGACGACUCGCUAGUGUUGUACGACUGCCAAGAGGGAAAACCAAAGAGGACUCUUUACAGUAAAAAGUAUGGGGUGGAUCUGAUCAGAUAUACGCACGCUGCAAACACUGUGGUCUACAGUUCCAACAAAAUUGAUGAUACCAUCCGGUAUUUGUCCCUUCACGACAAUAAAUACAUUCGGUACUUCCCUGGACACAACAAAAGGGUGACAUCACUUUCCAUGUCUCCUGUGGAUGACACAUUUAUUUCUGGUUCAUUAGAUAAAACCAUCAGAUUGUGGGAUCUACGAUCACCUAACUGUCAGGGCUUGAUGCACCUGCAGGGGAAGCCAGUGUGCUCUUUUGAUCCAGAGGGUCUCAUUUUUGCUGCCGGAAUAAAUUCAGAGAUGGUUAAACUCUAUGAUCUGAGAUCAUUUGAUAAGGGUCCCUUUGCAACCUUUAAGCUUCAGUAUGAUCGCACAUGUGAGUGGACAGGACUCAAAUUUAGCAAUGAUGGAAAACUUAUUCUUCUUUCCACUAAUGGAGGAGCUCUUCGCAUCUUGGAUGCAUUUAAGGGUGUUGUGCUACAUUCCUUUGGGGGCUACAAUAAUGGUAAAUGUGUAACAUUAGAGGCCUCUUUCACUCCAGAUUCUCAGUUUGUGAUGAUUGGCUCUGAAGAUGGGAAGAUCCAUGUAUGGAAUGCAGAGAGCGGCAUGAAGGUGGCGUUAUUAGAUGGGAAGCACACAGGCCCAAUUACCUGUCUUCAGUUCAACCCCAAGUUCAUGACGUUUGCCAGUGCCUGCUCUAACAUGGCAUUCUGGCUCCCUACCAUCGAUGACUGACUGUGAAGUGUGUCUGUGGUCAGUGCAGAUGGAGCUGGGGACCACCAGGGGUCAGCACAGUCAGAUGAGUUUAUGGGUUUCACAGGCUGAGUGGAGGAUCACGUUGAAAUUGUAAAUAAGUUUGCAGUUAUGGAUCAGUUGUCUAUUGUCUUUUUUUAUAUUUCUAUUUAACAUUAAAUUGAUUUCUUUGUAAGAAAA